AUGAAAAAAGAACAAUGCAUGAAGAAUGCUGCAUAUAACCUUGGUGUCGCAGAUGCUAUAAAAUCACAGAGGAAUCAGAAAUGCCACUUUUCUAAUCCAUACAUCUUUGAGAACCGACCAGAAAGUGCUGCUAUUGUCACUGAAAAGAAAAAUGAGUAUACUAAGAACCUUCUUAAACAAAUAGAUGCCAAUAGUAAACUGGCCAAGAAAAAACAAGAAAGCCAGGAAGUCUUGGAGCAGCUAGAACGGCUUCAACUCAAACAAGAAACUGUGGUCUCACCUCCUCCUCUUCCAAUUAUCAGGAUUGAUGAACAAAAAGCUGAACUGAAGAAACAUCAAUUUGAGCAGAGAGAAAUGUAUAAGAAAGCACUGGAAUACCAGCUGAAACACAGGCCUUCCAGACUGCCCAUCUAUGAGCCCAUGGGCACCUUCACCAACUUUGGGCAGAAUGAGAAGACCCUGGAGGCCGAGAAGCGGCAGAGAAAUAUUGAAUAUAUGAAGCAGCAGGUGGAAGCCGCUGCAGGCCACAAAAGACAGCUUAUCCUCAGCCACAUAAAAAAUCUGCAGCAAGAAAAAGAAAUGCUCCAGAAAAACCAGGAAAAGUGGAUGGAGUCAGACUCUUGCCUUCCCUCCAGGCAUUUAGCAGAAAGAUGUGCAGAAGAGGAUCGAAGGAACACCAUCAAUCAACACCUGAGAAAAGAAUGGGAUAAAGAUGUUGUGCUGAAGCAUCAGCGAGAUGAAGAUGCCAAGGCCUUUGACAAGGCCCCAGACAAACUAUUUAUUUUGGAUCAGUGUAAUGACUACAAACACUGCAGACAGUGUCAGCGAGACCCAUCCAACAAGGGCAAGACCCACUUCUGGCCUUAUAACAAACACUUGCCAGGGUAUCGCAUGCUCCUGUGAUGCCAGAGUCCGAUCCUCGCCUCUCAGUUGUCUUGGGACUCCAGCAGGAUGCCAUCUGGGAGCUUGCGGAGGAGAUUGUGUCUGUCCUCCCACCUUUUGUGAAUCCAUGUGUGCCUGAUCACCCCCAGCCUCCCCCUAGUCCACCUGCACCCCAGAGCAUAAUGUGACAGCUGUGGGGAGGAGUUAUGUAGCCUCAACCUAGGGUGUAGUGCUGUCCU